AUGCCGAUCACCGUACCACAUAAACGCGACUCAGCGGGUUUCCCGCAGUCGGGGCCCUCAUAUCAGCAGAAAGUGGUCUCCUUUCGACCCAUCCCCAGCCCAGCACCCACCUGGUGUGCGGUCUGCAUCCUGAGCGACCAAGCCCUACUAAGCCACGAACUAUACUUCUGCGGGACAUGUAGAGCCAUGUACCACCGGCCCUGUCUCUACGCGCUGCUGCUGCAGCGGAGCCAUCAACCCUCCUCCUCGGCAGGAGGUACGUCCUCCGCGCCAGUAGCGCUCUACAGGUGCCCAACCUGCGGUAUCGAGGGGGGCCAAUCCCCCACCCCCUCGGCUCCCACAGCGUCUGCAGCCCCCCGACCCUUCAUCACCACCCCCUACCACUACGACCGCACCCCCGCAGGACUCUACGUGUGCACCUACUUCUCCACCGCACGGGAUGGGACGUCGCGGUCCGCGAUCUGCACUUCAGCGCGUGGCCGAACUACCGCGCACACCAUCAUCAGGCGCAUGAACGGGCGGCCGAUGCAGGGCAUUCGUGUGAGGGUUGCGCCUACUCACGCUAAUGCUGCUCAAGCGCCGACGGUCAUCCACGGUGUCUACUUCGUAUGCUUCGUCUUGCCCCAGCAGCUUCUGCAACUGGGACUGCUCCUGCAAUCGCUGCAGCAGCGGUACAGACCGCUGCCCCGACCGCAGGCGCAGCCGCCGGUCAUCCGACAACGCCGGCCACGGUUCUGCCCGCUCUGCGCCGGGGAUUUCGAGAGUCUGGUCCCGCUGGUCCAGCAUCUGGAGGUCGACCAUGCCACGGAGUUUUUGAUCUGUAUGUUGUGUCUGUCGUGGCGGACGGAUUGGUGGAGGCUGCUGCUGCAUCUGGAUGAGGAUCAUCCGGAGUGGGAUGGGCUGUUCGAGGAUCCGUCGGCGGUUCGGCCGGGUUUGCUUGCUUAG